AGCAGUCUUGCCGCACGCGCGCGGCGGGUGCAAUCACGGUAUAACUCGACGGCAUAAAACCAUCAUGGGCGCCCGGUCGUUCACCAUUCGUCGAGCGUCGCUCACCAGUAGCACUCGUCACGACAAUAGCAAUGGCCAGCGAACACGAUCGCGUGGCGAGGGGAGUCGCAUGGACGGCGCUGCUUGUCUUGUUUACCUGCUUCGCCGUCGGACUGUGCCGGCCGCCCAAGACGUACGGCAGUCGCGGACACCGGCGCGUCGUUCAGCACCUGGAUAUGGUAACGCGAGAGGCGCCAUGCAAGUUUCCUAAGCCCACAACUAUCUGCGUGCAAGACAUCUACCCAAAUGAGAGCAAAAAGUACACGCCGCACUGCACCGUGGUGCACCGGUGCGGCCCGGACACGGGCUGCUGCCUCACCGAGGUCGAGCACUGCCAGCCAAAGAGUAUACAGGUGGUGGAGCGCUAUUUCCUCGUUCUCGAGCUCGACCCCAGCGGAGUACAACAGACAGGGGUGGAGACGCUAACCUUCGACAACCACACCGAGUGCGAAUGCCGGUCCAAGUACGACCCCAUCCGAUGACGCAGCGCUACGCCCUUAGAAACGGCGGAACCACGUCUGCACGCCACGCUAUGUACUGGACUCGUCCGCCACCCUGCACCACGCAAGGACAGGGCCCUGUGAUGGCUUCUUCUUCGCACUCUCGGCACAACGAGGGCCCGCCGCUCAAUUUACUCGUUAUUUAUUACCUGUGCUUCGUCCGUCAUCGCUGCACGCUAUUUAUUACCACCAUGGACCAUUCGCACAUUUUACACAGACGGAAGCGCUCCUAGUCACAUCAUCCGUUAUUUAUUUGUAAAUAAAUAAAUUCAC